AUGCCUCCCGUGGUGCCGCGCAAGCGUCUGCGCUCAUCGCCUUCUGGUGACAGUUUAUCGAAGAAGUCCAAGGGCAGUAGUGCAACUUCAACGCAGGCUGGUCAACAGCGGAAAUCGACGCUUUACGACGCAUUAGAUGCAACAAAUGCGCCGCAGUCCACUUCACUCCUGGAUGAUUUCAACGGUGAAGAUGACGAUUCCAGCUCCUUGACUUCGCUCUCAGACCCCGAUUUUGAAGAUGUCAAACCCCCCGUCGCGGACAAAGCUGGAGACUCGGAGGAUGAUGAGGAUGUCGAGUUCGAAGAUGUGGCGGCUCCAAACGUAGAACAACAGGACGCACCCGUUGUUUCUGGUGAUCUGGAGUUGACUUUUCAGCCAACCGACCGGAAAUCACUGUACCACGAGUACUAUGGAGACAACAAGGGGCCGACAAAACGGGAUCGGCAGGGCCGCAAUGCCGCGCAUCGAGUUCACGUGCUUACCCUUCUCUGGCACAAUGCCAUCCGGAAUGCUUGGGUCUGUGACAUGGAGAUACAGGCGACAAUGAUCUCACACCUGACCCCUAGGCUGUGGGAAGAGGUCGAGAGAUGGAUGCGUAACAGUGGCUUGGUAAAAGAGCCACCAAAGCCCCCCAGGCCCGUCACAAGUGCGAAGGGCAAGGGAAAGACCAAGGGCAAAGGCAAGGGCAAAGCCGUCCCGGCAGCAGAAGGGCGCGACUGGGGGUCAGCAGCAGAAAGGCUUGAAGAAGGUGCCGUCAAUAUGAGUCAAGGCGAUCCCUUGGUCCGGUUGAUGCAGACCCUUUCAGCAUGGUGGAAGCAGCGCUUCAAGAUCACGACGCCCGGUAUCCGCAAAUACGGCUACAUGUCCUUGGAUCGCCUGGAUCGCUGGACCAAAGCGUGGAAGAACGACAUGUAUAACCCCAGCGUGGUCGGCGAGAAGCUGCCAACUCUAGACGAUUUCCGCAGGUGCGCCAGAAGCUGCCGUGGAAGCAGGGAUGUUGGCGCACAGCUUUUCACUGCGCUCCUGAGGGGCCUCGGCAUGGAGGCACGUAUGGUAGCAAACUUGCAAACACUGGGGUUUGGUUGGACCAAGCUGGAGGACGCUGGAGAGCCCAAGGCACAUGGCGCCACCGAGACAACUCCAAAGAAAGUGAGUGUGACGCCUACUAGCACAGGGAAGAGCAAGGCCCCUGGCAACGAAGAGGGCAAGACACCAAAGACCAAUAAGACAUCGACGGGGUCCAAAAAGCGCACUGGCCGCAGAACUGGAAAAUCCGACGCGAUCGUGAUAGACGAUUCCGACGACCUCGACCUCGAAUUCAAGGAUACGGACGACGAGUCCGUGGUGGAGCUUGAAGUCCUACCUCGAAGGCACCCAAACCCCACAAAGAGAUUCGACGAAGAUCUUGAGUAUCCUCAUUAUUGGACCGAAGUCCUAUCUCCUGUCACCCAGAAGUAUCUGCCUGUGGAUGCAAUUGUCAAAAGCGUUGUCGCCACCAACAGGGAGCUUGUCGAAAGCUUUGAGCCUCGAGGAUCCAAGGCUGACAAGGCCCGCCAGAUAAUGGCGUACAUUGUUGGCUACUCUUCAGACGGCACCGCCAAAGAUCUCACUGUGAGAUACCUCAAGCGACAGAUGCUUCCCGGACGAACAAAGGGAAAUCGGGUGGGACUUGAAAAAAUACCAGUGCAUAAUCGGUACGGCAAGGUCAAGCGAUAUGAGCACUUCGAUUGGUUCAAAACAGCCUUGUCUGGCUAUACCAGAGGCCACCAAUCGGUACCAAUAACAGAAAUUGACGAACUAGAAGAAGCAACGGACUUGAAGCCUGCGCAGCCUGAGAAGAAGGAGAUCAAAGAAGGUGAAGAGACCCUUCAAUAUUACAAACAAUCCAAGGACUUCGCUUUAGAAAGACAUCUGAAAAGAGAAGAGGCGCUAAAACCCGGUGCCAAGCCAGUCAAGAUCUUCAAGAACAAGGCGAAAGGUGGCAAGAUCGAGGAAGAGGACGUUUACUUGCGCAAGGACGUAGUGAACGUGAAGAGUGCCGAAACAUGGCAUAAGCAAGGCCGCGCACCACUUCCUGGCGAGCAGCCGCUCAAGCGUGUGCCUUAUCGCGCCGCCACGACAAAUCGACGCAGAGAACUCGCCGAAGCAGAGGCGGCCACGGGCCAGAAGGUCCUCCAGGGCUUGUUCAGUAUUGGGCAGACCGACUGGAUUAUCCCGCCUCCAAUUAAGGACGGUGUCAUUCCCAAAAAUGACUACGGCAAUAUUGAUCUCUUUGCGGAGCACAUGUGCCCAAAAGGAGCUGUGCACAUUCCUUACCGCGGGGCCGUCAAGGUCUGCAAGAAGCUGGGGAUUGACUAUGCCGAGGCCGUAGUUGAUUUUGAGUUUGGCCAUCGAAUGGCUGUGCCUGUGAUCCGGGGAGUUGUCAUUGCUGAAGAAUACCACGAUCAGGUAAUGGAGCAGCUAGAAAAGGACGAGGCCGAACGCGCUCGUAAAGAGGACGAGAAGCGUCGGAAGGUUGCCCUGGGCAAAUGGCGAAAGUUCAUCAUGGGCAUGCGCAUCGUCGAGCGUAUUCAGCAGGAGUAUGGCCAGGUUGGGGCUAAUGUCUCCGUGUUUGGGCCCAAGAAGGGAUUGAACUCGAUACACAACGAGCCGGUACCCCAGGCUCACGACAACGAGGAGACAGCCGGUGGGUUCCUUCCUGAGGGCUAUGAAGAAGAGGAGGAGGGCAACGAUGACGAUGCUCGUGCUGCUACUCACCAUACCUCGGGUUUCUUCGCAACAGCAGCACACGAUAACGACGAGGACUAUGACGGGCACGAUGACUUGGUUAUGGAGGAUCAUCAGGGCGAGGGUAAGCUGGACACUGUGGAAACACCCUUGUCAGUAUCUCCUUCACCAGAGGACCAGCAGCCGGAGAGAGCGCCGUCGGAAGAAGCCGACGAGGCAGGAGAGUCGUCAAAGGAGAGCGAAGACUGA